GUUAACUGAUCAAGAGUAUAUGGAGCUUGUGUUUGAGAAUGGGCAGAUUCUUGCAAAGAGCCAAAGAUCCAAUGGCUCUUCUCUGCAGAAUCAACGUACGAAAUCGAUCGUGGAUUUGUACGAGGCCGAGUAUAACGAAGAUUUCAAGAGGAGUAUUCAUGGUGGUGAUAGUCGUGACAAGAAUCUUGUAGACACACAGGUUGUUCCAGAACCUCUUGUUGUUGCUGCAUAUGAAGCAAACCAUACUUUGAAAGCUUCUUCAUCAAAGAGGAUGGUAGUUGAUUAUGAGAACCGAAAGGAUAUGGAGUUUAUACCUCCUGAUGAGCAAUCUGUGGUUGCUGAAAGAGAGGUCGAACUGGGCUAUGAAUCCAUGGAUUUUACUGAAGACAGUGAAGGAUCGACAUAUCUAAGCAGCAGUCUAGAUGAUGAAUCGGAUGAUGUGAGGCCACUAGUUUCUGCAAGAACAAGAAAGGUUUUGGUCAAGAGAAGACGCAAACAGAAGCAAACAAACGACAUCAACAAGAAAAUGCGCACUUUGCAGGAUCUACUACCUAAUUCUCAAAAGGACGACAACGAAUCGUUAUUAGAUGAAGCAGUCAAUUAUAUGAUGACCCUUCAACUUCAAGUUCAGAUGAUGACGAUGGGUAAUAGAUUUGUUACACCAGCAACGAUGUUGCCUUUAGGGCCGCACUACUCUCAGAUGGGUCUAACAACAAGUAUGCAAAUGGGCGUACCACAGUAUCAGCCUGCGCCUGUUCUAGGAGCUGGCUUGCCAUUAGUUAGUAGUUCAGCAGAUGUGCUAAGGGUUUUUAACCAUCCUGGACUAAUGCCAAUUCAAAACUAUUUGCCCCAAUCUGUUCCGCCGGUGUGUGCUGCUUUCCCUAACCAGAUACCAAAAAACUCCACCACUUCGUCAAUUCUAUAUGAUGCCAGAACAGAUGGAGGAACUCUCUCUGGUAAAGAAUCUGAUAAACCGUGA